CGAAUUACUUUCGUUCGUGUUAUGUUGAUUGUGUUCUCCUUAAGUUAAAGAUGAAACAGUAAAUUAAGUGCAAAGAAAGGAAAUUGAACGGUUCGAUGAUGGUCUUGGACCAUUUAAAAUUGAGUUGUCUCCCAUUAACAAAUAGGACUCUCUGGACAAAAGGCCUGCGGUUAUCUCCUGAGAAAGCUUCAAACGUAUUUGAAGCUUUCGAGGCCGUGUUCAUGGAACUAUGAACCUGGACUCGUUGUCUUUUACUUUGUCACAAAUAAGUUAUUUAGUUGCGUCAUUAACUAAAAAGAAUCAUAAGCAAGUAGUAGAGGAACUAUUAAGGUUGGUGACUUUGCACGGCCUGGAGGCGGAUCGUCACUUGCUCCAAUGCCUGUUUUCAUCGGUGGACUUUUCAGAAUCUUCGAAUAAAAUUGUUGCGCCCGGUCUUCACAAUCAAGUGUUGCUAGAGCAUUGCGCUACCGUUAUCAAUAAGCCUUCGUUAUUGUCGGCUAUUUGUUGUACCGUUAAUAAAUUCGCCAACAAUCAGAAGAGUUUGAAAGUUGGACCUCUGUUCUUUCAGCAGCUGUGCAAGUGCCUUCGCCUCUCAGCUGUUCAAGAAGUUGUAUUCGCUCUAGCGUUGCGUCACUCCGAAAAUCGAGAGGUGGCGAGUCUCGCCCAAGCUCAAUUGAAACUAUCCCUUCCCGCUCUCGUUCAGUCGUAUGUAGAUACGGAAGGAAGUAGUCGUCAACACGAAGGUGGCCUUCACGAUACCACGCCGGAAGUUUUACAUUUGAUACUGUCGGCCGUACUUAAAUCGCCCAAAGAGGUCGGACUCACCAACGAGAUUCACACGGUAUUUUUGAACUCGCUACAACGAGACUUCUCGAGGGAUCUAGUUCCGGUCGUGCUCGCGCCCCUAGUCUACCCGGAUCAGUGCGAGUUAGCGCCGCCCGAAAUGUCCUCGGAAGGCCCCGGUUUAUCCGGGGGUAUGCUUGAUAGUUCAUUGGCCGAUCUCGUGUCGGAAAUGGGUUACGGAUUUACUCUUACGUUGGAAGACUGCCGGAAUAAUUUACUUAAAUUUAUCGGACGCGACAUCAAUCCCACGGCCGUCGCGCGGACGUUAGCCUUCUUAUGCCGGACACACAGUGGCCUUGAGGAAUCUUUAAAUCUACCCGGCUCUUUCAGCAAGGACGGAAGGAACACGUGGAAUGUCGAGGUGUUUGUUCAAGCUCUAAAGGAGGUCUGUCCUACGUUACAAUGGAGUAGCGUAAUUCUCGAGCUGGACCAUUCGGAAUUCGUAAUAAAAGACAGGCAGGGCCUUAUCAUGCUUUUAAGUGCACUUCGUUUGGGCUUGAAAAACGUCGGCUUUCAUCCCGAAACGUUCCCCGUCGAUCACCUAUACCGAAGGUGGACGAACGUCGAGGGACAGUUUAGUUUAAUGCAACAGAUUUUGAAAAACUCGGACGUGUUUUGCUUCGCCGACUAUCCGUUCUUAUCAGUGCCUGUCGACAUACUAAAGACGCCUCCCGAACAGGACAGCAAGGAGUUGAGCAACUGGCGCAAUUUAAAUUUAGUGGAAUUGUUGUUGACGAUCUCGGAGUGCGGGUACUACGCGCAAGUGCAAGAAUUGUUUAAAGUUCCUUUACAAAACUGUCCGGACGUUUUAAUAUUGACUCUGAUGCAAAUCAACGGUCCGGUCACGAUGCUACGGCAGGAAUUAUUCACAAAUCUCAUUCCUAUAUUCCUCGGCAAUCAUCCGAACUCGGCCAUUAUUUUACACCACGCGUGGCACACCCAGACCCUCAAUAUUAAGCACAUCGUAAUGCACGCAAUGGCCGACUGGUACGCCCGAGGCGAGUACGACCAGACCAGACUGUCCCGAAUACUCGACGUCGCCCAAGACCUAAAGGCACUGUCCAUGCUACUCAACGCUCAAUCCUAUCCGUUUAUAAUCGACCUGGCCUGUCUCGCGUCGCGAAGGGAAUAUCUGAAAUUGGAGAAAUGGAUUACGGACAAAAUUCGCGAGCAUGGCGAACCUUUCGUGACCGCCUGCAUUAAGUUCCUGCAAAGGCGAUGUCCGCAGCUCAUCGGUAAAAGCGACGACGCACUUCCCAAGGCCGUUCUACUACCGAAAGAGACCUUAACCACGAUCCUGCUCUGUCUACAACAAGCCUCCUGCAACAUGAACUCGGAAAUUCAAGAGACCAUCUGCGCGAUGUCGACGAACUGCACCAUCCUUUUAAAAACCCACCAGCAGCCGUCCUCGAUUCUGCGAUCUCAUCGCACCCUGGACGGCCCGUUCAAUCCAUCGAGCAUGGCGCAACAACUUUACAAUUCGAACGUCGAUCCCAUCAGCAUCACAUCGACGUUAGCCAACAUGACGAUCGGCGGCUCUAACAACUCCGCGUUCAAUCUGCAAGGAGGACUAGGCCCGCUGGUCUCCUCGCCCGGUUCGCCCUCUCGACUGCUGCAAUCGAACAGCCCGUUUCCGAUGAUACCCAUACAGCACCAGGGACCGGUGGGCACCACCGGCUCCCUACUGCCCGCCAUCAACACGAUUGGUAACUUGAGCAGGAUCGGCGGGCCAAAUCCGAUCGUCGAAAAGGCCCGACUGCAGGACAGCAAUUCGAUACUGACCGAGAUCGCGCCGAACGUUACGAAGGAUAUCGAGGACGAGGCGAACAGCUACUUCCAGAGGAUCUACAACCAUCCGCCUCAUCCCACUUUGUCGAUCGACGAGGUUCUGGAUAUGCUCAAGAAAUUUCAAGAGUCCGCAUCGAAACGUGAACGGGAGAUUUCUAUAAAAGACCACUGA